AGUCUUCAUUUAGUUAUCACAAAUUCAAGUGAUAACCACCAAACAACAACUUACAGAAUGUACAAAUUGGUUAUUGUCGCUGCUGCUCUCUUCAGCUACGGAGUCAUGGCUGCUCCAGAGCCCGAAGCCAAAGCAGAAGCGAAACCAGGAGUAUUGGCAGCUGCCCCACUUGUAGCAGCUGCCCCUGCUAUAGCUCCAGCUGUAGUCACAGCAACCAGUUCUCAAGCUUUCGUGAGGAAUUACAACGCUUUAGCAGCUCCUCUUGUUGCAUCUUCAUUACCAGUAGCAGCAUCUUAUGUUGCAGCUCCAGCUGCCCCACUUGUAGCCUCUCCUUACGUCUCACCCUACUAUGCAUCACCUUAUUUUGCUGCACCUUACGUGAUUUGAAAGAAAUUUAUCUUAUUUAAAAUAAAAUAUUGAA